CUGUCCUUCGGCCGCCUCUCCGCAUCGCCCCCGGCCGGGCGAUGGCCAUGUUGCUGGACGGCGGGCCUCAGUUCCCGGCGCUGGGCGUCGGGGGCUUCGGAGCGCCCCGCCACCACCCGCACGACGUGGCGAACCGCGACGCCGCCGCCGCGGCCGCCGCCGCGGCCGCCGCCAUGGGACUGAACCACCCCUUCGGGGACUCGUCUUUCAAGCUGAGCCCGGCGGCCCACGAGCUGGCGUCGGGGCAAGGCUCGGCCUUCACCCCGCAGGCGUCGGGCUACCCGCACCCCCACCACCCGCACCCCCACCCGCCGCACCCGCCUCACCCCCACCACGCCGGCCAGGUGCCUUCCUACGCGGCCGCCGCGGCGGCCUUCAGCUCCACGCGGGACUUUCUCUUCCGCAACCGCGGAGGGUCCGCCCUCGGGGAUUCCGCCUCGGGGGGCGCGGGGGGCGGCGGCGGCGGGGCGGCGGCCGCCCAGCACGGCCUCUUCGGCGGCAACCCGCCCGGCGGGCUCCACCCGCCUCCCGGCAUCCCCGACGGCCCCGGCGGCUACUUGCUCUUCCCGGGCCUGCACGAGCAGAACCAAAGCCACCCUUCCCCGACGGGCCACGUGGAGAACGGGCAGAUGCACCUGGGCCUGCGGGGGGACCUCUUCGGCCGGCCGGAGCCUUACCGGGGGGUGGCCAGCCCCAGGGCCGACCCCUACGGCGUGCCGGCCCAGUUCCACAACUACAACCCCAUGAACGUCAACAUGGGCGGGAUGAACGUGGCGGCGGCUCACCACCACCAUCACCACCACCACGGCGCCGGGGCUUUCUUCCGCUACAUGCGCCAGCCCAUCAAGCAGGAGCUCUCCUGCAAGUGGCUCGACGAGCCACCCUCGCCCCCGCCGCCGCCCCCCCAGCAGCACCAGCCGCCGCCGCCCCCCAGCCGGCCCAAGAAGAGCUGCGACCGGACUUUCAGCACCAUGCACGAGCUGGUGACCCACCUCACCAUGGAGCACGUCGGGGGCCCCGAGCAGAACAACCACAUCUGCUACUGGGAGGAGUGCCCGCGGGAGGGCAAGUCCUUCAAGGCGAAAUACAAACUGGUCAACCACAUCCGCGUCCACACCGGCGAGAAGCCCUUCCCCUGCCCCUUCCCGGGCUGCGGGAAAAUCUUCGCCCGCUCCGAGAACCUGAAGAUCCACAAAAGGACGCACACAGGCGAGAAACCUUUCAAAUGUGAAUUCGAGGGCUGCGACCGGCGUUUCGCGAACAGCAGCGACAGAAAGAAACACAUGCACGUCCAUACGUCGGACAAGCCAUAUAUUUGUAAAGUCUGCGAUAAGUCCUACACCCAUCCCAGCUCUUUGAGGAAACACAUGAAGGUCCACGAAACGCAGGGCUUGGAUUCUUCCCCCGCCGCCAGCUCGGGCUACGAGUCCUCCACGCCCCCCGCCGUCGCCGCGGCCACGAGCAAAGACUCCACCAAGCCCCCCCCGUCCGCCGUCCAGACUGCCACCCCCAGCCACAACCCCGGGCUGCCCCCCAACUUUAACGAGUGGUACGUUUGA